CAAUGGAACUCUCCUGUCACAAUUUUGUCAACAAAACUUGCUGCACCAGAUGUUACUCUAUCAGAUAACAGCGACACGUCAACCUUGGUUACUGGUCCCUGAGUGAAAUUCAGUACCCUUUUCAUUGCUUUAAAAUUAGACCUAUCGAUAUUUCUUAUUAUUGCUCAAUAACACGCAUGAAAAUGCUAAAUCUAAAGUAAUGGUGCAUUUUUUUAUAUUUCGUAAUGAUUGCAGUUAGCAUUGAUUUACAGAUAUGAGAUUUUUAUGUAAUUCAAUAACAAUGCCUUGACAAUUUGACAUUCAUAACAUAAUGUCUGAAAGUGAGAGUGAAGUCGCCCAAGAAAGGUUUAUGUCAGUGCCGAUGGGGUCAAAAUCUAGAGACAAUUACAGACAUGGAAUAUUAGAAAGUCUAGACCUAAAUUCUGAAAGUAUAGACGAUAGUUUAUUCAGUUUGUCAGAGCAACGCAGUUCUAUUGUAGAUGAUUUGCUUUUUGAAAUAUAUGAUAGAUGGCAUGAUGCACGACAUGACAGUUUUGAGAGUGACACUUUCACAGAAUGCUCAAGUACAUCAGACAUUUUUCCAUGGAGGAAAAACUCGAUACAUUUAGACAUAGCAGCCAAACAUUCUGGAAAGCUGAAUCGCUCAACCUUGGAGUCGCAAAGUUUAGGGCAGGUCAAGAAAAUGGUUUCAGAACUACAAUACAGAAAUAAUUGCAUGUCUACUAGAUUAGUAAGACAAUUGAAGCGGCGUGAAAGAAGACUGGCAAAACUUCAACAUAACUUUGACAUUGUAACUGCUAUUAUACAAGCCUCAUCACAGAAAAGAAGGAUAGACACAAGGAUGAAAUUUAGUAUAGAACCACCACCUGGUGACAGUGCCUUUGAACAGUGGAAAGAUGCCAUGAAGGCUGUGGCAAGGCUACCUAUGGGUAUACCAGACAGCUUUCGUAAAAAGGUAUGGUUAAGUUUAGCAGACAAUCAUAUAAGAGAACAGAGAGUUGACUGGCAGAAGACAAUGAGAUUUGUCUUCAAUGAAAAAAGUAAUCCAGAUGACAAUAAUUUAGGUCAUCAAAUUGUCAAGGAUUUACACAGAACUGGCUGCAGUGGUUUCAGUGGUCAUGAAAAUGAAGAAGACAGAGCAUCAUUGAAGCGUGUCUUACUGGGCUUUGCUCGUUGGAAUAAAUCCAUCGGUUAUUGUCAGGGUUUUAAUGUUAUUGCAGCAUUGUUAUUAGAUGUGACUGAGAGAAGGGAAGAUGAUGCACUGAAGGUGAUGAUCUACAUCAUAGACCAUGUUUUGCCUGAGAGUUAUUAUGUCAACAACCUGCGAGCGUUGUCUGUAGACAUGGCAGUGUUCAGAGAUCUGCUGAGGAUCACCUAUCCUAAGUUGUCACGUCAUCUUGACAUGUUACAGAAUGCUGCUCAAGAUAAUACUACUGGUGCCUGUUAUGAGCCUCCUCUUACCAAUGUUUUCACUAUGCAAUGGUUUUUGACCAUGUUUGCUACUUGUCUUCCAAAGGAAAUUGUACUCAGGGUGUGGGACUCAUUACUGUUAGAAGGAUCCAAAAUUUUACUUAGAACUGGCCUGGCAAUAUGGGGCAAACUAUCUAGGAGGAUACUUUCUGCUGGUAGUGCUGAUGACUUUUAUUCAUUGAUGGGAUCGUUAACUCAGGAUAUGAUGUCUGGUAAAAUGAUUACUGGUGACUCCCUGAUCAAGAGUAUUUACACUACAGCUGCUUUUGAUUCUCAGCUAUUAAUAGAACUUAGGGAGAAAUAUACUUACAACAUUAGACCAUUCAGUAGUUCUGCAAAUACAAACAACAACAAAAGUAGAUCUUUCCUUAGCAACAUGCUGUUACCUAGCGAUGAAGAUGAGAUUGAUGAAGAAGAUUUAGAGGCUAUAAACUGUUUCCCUGGAUUCUUUCCAGUGCCAGUAUCAGGCAGCAAGGCAAAGGGAAGUGACGGGGAGGAAAAUAAUGCUGAUAUAUCCAAAGUAGGACCAGGGGCCUACGGUGCUAGUGGUGAGACCCAACAGUUACCAUCAUCUAUCUACAUGGAGAGGAUGUGUACAGAUAUCAACUCUCUACAGAAACAGUACAAUAGACUGAAGCAGAGACAGAAUCAAGCUCAUAUCAUUAUUGCAGCGGCAUCAGCAAGUCAGCAGCAGCACCAGAAAAAGCCAAAGAUAAUUACACCAAAAAUAGAAACCCCAACGGCUCUUAAUCAUCUGUUUGUUGGCAGGAAUAAUGCCACGUCCAGGAAUAGAUGUGUCACAGCUAGUCCUCGUAUUGCGUCAGUUUACCCACAGUUGACUAAUGAUCCGCCAUCCAGGAGAAAUAGUAUUCAGAAAAACUCCAAAUUAGAGUUAGGGGUCAAAGGACAAAGUGUUAAGACUGAAAAAAAUGUUGAAUGUGAAAACAUUGUCAAAACUGAUAGAAAUAUGAAUAUUGCUCAAGAGAAUAAUGAUAUUAAAAACAUUGAUGAUAAUCAUAAUGAAAAGGAGGAUCAGGUAGGCAGACAUGAUUCUGCAGUAGCUGAGAGCUGUGAUAUAACUACAGAAUCAAAACAUAGUAAGGACGAGAAUGAACUUGAUAAUCAUAUGUAUAUUAGUGGAAAUUUGAAAAAUUCUAGCUCAAACACUCCAGUUGAUUCUUUGAUUUCGCUCAGCGUAGUAGAUGACACAAAUAAGUCUAGUCAGAAUUCACAUGUUGUUGAAAAUCAAAAUUCAGGAACAUACCAGACCGAAUCUGCAAACAGCGACACAGAAUUGAAUGAAAAUGUUAGCAAUAUCACAGACAAGUGCAAUACGUAUAACAAUGAUCCUCAUAGACACUCUUUAGUAAUUGAAGGUUCUGAAAAUGUUCAAGGAUGUUUAGAUUUGUCAAAUGAUUCUGGAUUAUUCUCAACGACCAACUCUCUCGAAAUUGAUAAUUCCCCGAAAACAAAUUCCAGUGAAUUAUCUCCCUUAAAAACAGAGAAACGAGAUGAAAGUGGUUGUAACCAUAAUGGUUCCAUUGCAUCACAUGAAUUCAUAGCUCACAGUAAAUCAAAGUCAGACAGUAGUGGAGAAAGAUCACCAUUGAACAGUGUCCAUCAUGAUUCAAAAAAGGCCUCUGUAGAACGAUCCAUCUCAGCAGAUCCCAGUGGGACAUUUGAAGCAGAGGACAAUCUGACAUCAAGGUCAAGGUCAUUUUCAACUGACCAAGCCCUGAGUGAUUAUGCCAAAAGUAAAAGCAAACCAGCAAAAAUGGAAAAGCCUUUUAAUCCAUUUCCUGUUAAACAUUUUAAUGAAAAUAGGAAGAAAAAUUGUGUUAAACUUGGUUUGUAUAAAACAUCAACUUUACAGGAAUUUGAGAGGCAAUGUAAAAGUAAAUUUUUAUGGAGUAAAUGAAUGUAUGGUUGUUAAUUCAUAUUAUGUUAUUUUUCUUGUUAUAAAUUUUCACUUGGUUAUGGAGAAUUCACAUUUGUUUUUAUUUCAUUCUCAAAAUUUGAAUGCCAAAAAAAAAUGUGGUGACUAGGAGCAUAUGAUUGGUUAAUUAAGCACUGCAAGUCUUUUGAUUAUCUCAAUUCUUAAAUAAUAACAAGGUUUGAUGUAUUAUACUGUGGAUUCAUUUAUUUUCGUGGGUACCAAUUUUCGUGGAUUGAGGAAAACUAGCAUUUUCGUGGAUAUUUGAUUUUGUUGUUUUAACAAAGUCUGCAUACAUUUCUUCAGAAAACUUGUAAUUCGUUGAACAUUUAAAUUCGUGGUUCUCCUGUACCCACGAAAUCAACGAAAAUUGGUAUCCAACGAAUAAUAAUGAAUCCGCAGUAAUUGAAAAUAUUCUUUUGUAAUUAUCAAGGUUCAACUAGAUAAAAAAAAAAACUAAAUUUGAAUCAUUGCUGUCAAAAUUAUGAAGGAAAAUGUACUUGAACCAAAAAUCUUUUAUACCAGUUUAUAUCUGUAGGUAAAAAUCUUAAAUAAUAGAAUUUAAGAAAGAACUAAAAAUGUAUUUAAAGAUUGACAAUGUUUUGAUCUGGGAAGACUAAGAAUGAUUUUCCUUUGAUACUACAAACUUUAUUAUUAUGAUUGAUUAUUUUUGUUGAGUUUCUUUCUAGUUCUAUGAAAUGUAAAUUUCUGUAUAUAUAUGCAGACAGCUCUUUAAAGAUGAUGCAGAAAAAAGAAAUCCUAUACCAACAUUCCAUAUGAAAUUUUUGAAAUCCUAAUUGUUAUUUAUUUUUGUUUAUUUUGUUAUUUUUUGUUGCAUAAUACAAAGUUUACUUUUUUGGUUAUUUUUUCAUACUUGCUUAAGGUUGUGGUUUACAUAUUUCUUUUUUUAUCACAUAUAUGUAUAUUGUAGUUUAGUUUAUUAUGUAAUAGAUUAUAAUUUAGUAUGUUGAAGUUAAACAGGCUGAUUUGAAUGUUUUAAUUUACUACAAAUUUCGUGAAAUGGGAGAUUUUUUUUACCAUUUUGACUGAAUAUUAUAUAAUUGAAUAUUUAAGUUUUGAUCAUAUGAACAACCGGGUGACUACCCCCAUUGUAUUAGAACUUAUGAAUAUAGAAGAACUGUUAAUCAUAUCUUUUACAUAUAUAUUAGAUUGCACAGUUUAAACAUGUUGAGUUUAUAGAAUUUAGAUAUUUCUCCACAUUCUUGUAAAUUAAAACAUUUAAUGAGUUUUUCUGAAUGCAUAAAUUGCAGAAGAAAUAUAAUAGUACAUGCAAACUUGUACAAUUGAAGAUCUCUUCUGUUUUUAUUACACAUUCAUGUUUGGUUUCUUUUAUAUAUACCUGUCCUCGACAGGACUUAAUUAUGGUAUACCAUAGUCUGUCCGUCCGUAUGUCAACAUGUUGUACGAUAAUUACGAAAUUUUGUUCGGUUUGUCCUUCCAGGGUUAUGGGACUUUAACCCUCAGACUUGAGGCUUUUUUCACGUCACACACUUACUUAACUUGAGUUUGCUUUUAUCAAUUUACUUAAAACUUUUUGCAGUUGUUGGGAUUGAUAAAAGAAAGCGUAUUUGUCGCUCGAUAGUUACAGGACUUUAACUGUCAGAUUUAAAGCAAUCUUUCACAUAUUGCACACUUACUAGAGUAUGCUUAGAUUGAUUUGCCCAACACUUUAUGCAGUUAUUUGGGUUGAUUAAAGGAAACUCCCUUACCAUUUUGAAUAUUUUCUGGUUUGUCUUUUUAGAGUUAUGAAACUUUAUCAGUCAGACUAUAAUUGAUUUUUCACAAGUUGUACACUAACUUGAGAAUGCUUGAAUAGAUUUACUUAAAACUUUACACAGUUGUUGGUAUUGCCUUUUAGUAAAAGUAAGAUAAGUUUUGAUUUUGAAAAUUUUCUUAAUUUUGAUUCCAGACUUAUGGGACUAACCUUCAGAUUUAAGGUUAUUUUUCACAUGUCACACACUUCUAGCUCUAGUAUGUUCAUUGUGAAUGUAGGCGCCCUUUUGAUUUUGAAAAUUUUCUGGUCUGAUAUUCCAGAGUUGUUGGACUUUUCAAGUUGUAAUUUAGGCAAUAUUUAGAUGCCUAAUGACAUCCUUAUGCAACUUUAUAAACUGCCAUUUUACUGAAUGCUGAUCAAAAAACUUCUUUAUGUUCCAUUUUAUUCUUGCAACAAUUUCUAUAUGCAAAAGAAAAGUGUAUCUUGCACUCCUGGCACAGCUAUUUAUGUUAGUAAAUAAUACAAAUUUGAAAUUGAUAUAUUUGGUCUGAAUAUGUAUCUGGUAUGAAAAAAGUCAAAGACCACAAGUUUUGUCUUGAAAUAAUUUUGUAAUUCCAUAUUGGAUAACUUUGGUUACAGUACUUUUGACAAAAAAACAAAAGUCUAUCUCUAGAACCCUCAUUUGAAGAGUAUGGCUUUUCAUAUUCUGAGUUUUACCCAAUGAAGAGUCUCAUCCACUAAGAUAUGCUGCAUUAUGACUACAAAUUUUUAACAUGCUUCAUGUAUACAAAUUUUCAUCCCUUUUUCCUGUGUGUAGUAAUGUUUUGCUCCCUGUUUUGUUUAACAACUCCUUGACAUGUUUCACAUAAUAACUCCAUGACUUCAUAUUGACAUAAUACAUGAAUUGGGUAUAGCAUGUGCAAUAAAGUAAUAUCAUUUCAUCAUAUAUUGCUCUCAUUAUUAUGUAGUUUUGACUGUAUGUAUGAAUUAAUUAAUUAUCCUAACAAAAUUGGUAUCUGUUUAAGUUCAAUCUCGGUGAAUACAUUCUAAAUCGACAAUUUGAUUAAAUAAUUCCAUCUUUAAUUUGAAUAAUUCAGAUAAGGGUUGUAAUCUUUUUUUUUGCAUACGUGUACAAGUUAUGUAAUAUGCAUAAUAGUUAUGAAGAUGUACCAAAUUGGUUGUUCUAUCGAUUUCUCUUUUAUAAUUUAGUGAAAUGACAUUUUCAAUUAAAAAUAAUUCUCAGCAACUACAGAAAAAAUAUUAUAUUUAUUUUAAAUGCUCUUAAAAAUUAAUUUUCUUUCAUUUAGAUAAAUUCAAUUGUUUUUGUUGAUGAGUAGCAGUUCACACAAAAUAAAACAUUUGCGGCAAAAAGAGGCUUCAUAUUGUAAUUUUGAGUUCCAGUGGUAUAUAAUGGGUGUAUGAUAAAACGAUUAACUCAAAUAUCAAAUUUCACUGCAAAAUAUUGAGUUGUCUCCCAUGUAAGUGAUGUCUUACAAUUUCUUAUUCUAUAUUACUUUAAAUAUGUCAAAUUUUAUGGGUCUGAAAUGUGAGUAUACCAAAAGAGAGUAUUACUGAAAUGAAAUAAAAAGUAUUUUUGUGAGAUUAUUUAUACCAUUGUUAGUUAUUUGUGUUUAAAAUUGUUGAAUUUUCAUAGUUGUGAGAAAUAGGUGCUAUUACAUAAUAUGUUAAUAACAUUCCUGGAUCUUUUGAAUUUAUCUGUGAUUUCCCCCCAGAAAUUCUAUCUUUUGUCUUAAUAAAACAUGUAUUAAAGUUA